AUGGACGAGUAUCAAUUCAGAGCCCUAAAACACAGAUCAAAGGAAAUCAGAGAACUAGAUCCAAGCAAAGACACAUUGAAGACUCUCCAGUCUGAUCUGGUAGUUAAAGGUGAAUUUCAUACAACGAUUCGAAACAAGAAUCGAGGAGCAAAAAGCAAGUUCUUAGUGAUCGAGAGAAAAAUGGAUUCUCCUCCACUCCCAAACAAGAACACACUAACUGAACUGGGAAUGAUCAAGAUUGAUCCCGACGGAACACUUAAAGAAACCAAUGAGCUUAGAAUUAAGUCAGUGAAGCCACCAGAUGACAUUAACGCGUUACUCAGUGAAUACAAUGAUACAUUUCAAGGGAUAGGAUGCUUCCGAGACAAGAGAACAGGCGAAGAGGUAGAAGUCAAGCUAGAGAUGGAUCCAAAGCCAUUCCAGUAACCCAGAGACCACGCCCAGUCCUAUAUCAUCUGCAAAAACCUCUCAAAGAAUGGCUUAAGCAGGGAGUAAAAGAAAACAUAUUUAAGAAAGUCCCGGACGGAGAAACGAUCACAUGGUGCUGACCCCUAGUUUUGCAGCCUAAACCUACAUAUUAAGAAUGAAGAAUUAGAAUCUCAGAUGAUCAGUGACAUGCGAAUACCUAAUGAAGCAAUGAAACGAAGUAGAUGUGUUCAGUCACCAAUAGUUGAAGAUUUUAUCUACCGCCUGCAUGACUAAAAGAUCUUCAGGAAAUUGGACUUGAGACAAGGCUAUCACUAACUGACACAAGACCCUGCCACAAGACAGGUAGCAACAUUCAGUACACCUUGGGGGAAUCACAGACCAAAGAGACUAGUAUCUGGAGCUAAAUCUUCACAAGAUGUUUUCGAUGAAGCAAUGUUCAGAGCCUUCGGAGACAUACCCCACUGCCUGAACCGAAGAGAUGACAUACUCCUCGGAAGAAGAGAUGAAGCAAAACACAAAGAGGCACUGAAGACCGUCCUCCAGCAAGCAAGAGAUCUUGGAGUAACAUUUAACAAAGAGAAAUGGCAGUUCGGGGAAACAAAUGCACUCUAUUUGAGUGUCAAUGUAUUUAGCACGAAAGUACUCGUUGAGGACCGCCAUUUUACGUGCUCAUCCGAGCCACGCGAGAGUCUCGUCAUUUGCAGAGCAAAGAGAGUACCGUCAUUUCUCAGUUAUUUUAAGACCUUGAGUAUUGGUCCGGUCUCGGGAAUCGAGCCCGCGACCUCCCGCUCUGCAGUCAAGCGCACCUACCCUGCCGCAGGAGAGAACAGAUUGACUUUUUUGGACAUGUCUUCACCAAGGACAGACUGAAACCGUCACCAGACAAAGUAAAAGCAAUCAAGAAAUGCAGCCCUCCAGAAAGCAAAGAAGCCGUCCGGAGUUUUCUGGGAAUGGCAGGCUACUUGGACAACUACAUCAGCAACUAUGCGGCCAUAGCAGCACCACUUUAUCAGAUGACCCGGAAAGACACAAAAUCAAAUGGGAGAAAGAAGAAGAAAAAUCAUUCAGGAACUGA